CUCACGGGGAAGGCACAACUAGAGUGGCACAUUGAUUUGCCAAAUUUGGCGGGAGCCUGGCAACGCUGACCCCUAAAUCUGGCAACUGAUUUAUGCAUUGCCAAACAGAAUCUUGCCGCUUUCAUUUUAUUGUUUUAGCGUCUCAACCAUUAAUUAUGCGUUACUCUAACUGUAAACUCCGGCACCAGUCAUCAUUCUUGCCUGACAUUGACCUGCCGCACAACGAAGACACUGUUGUUGGCAGAAAUCGCAGUACUCAAAUUCGGAACAAGCGCUGCUCCAGAUCUCAAGUCAGACUGCGAGCGGAUUUCAGCGAAGGCACGGUUCAGCUAACGCAACUUGGUGAAAACCCGUGCCGAGUGUUGGGCAGGCGCCUUGCAGUAGGGGAGACUGUGACGGUGUCUGACGGUGAUCAACUGGAAUUGCUUGCGGAGGAGCUGCCUUAUGUAGUUGUGUUCGGGAGGCCAUCGUCGGCUGCUGGUGCUGUCGAUUUUCCUAGUUGUGACGGAAGCCACUCCUUGAAGCGUAAAUUUGAUGAAGAGGACAUGCCGCUACCGAAAAAGCAUGUCUCAUCCGACGCUCAUGAUGAACAAGACGACCACGUGAAAGAAGUAGCUCGCAAGUUGAAACACAUGCAGAAUAGUUAUAAAAAGCAUCGCAGCUCCGAGAAGUUGACGCAACGAAGUGAAACUGACGUUGCGCGUCAACAUGCCAGUCCUGCAGCUCACCCAAACAAGAGUGGAUGGACAGAAUUGACACAGCAUCAAGUCUUGAUAUUUAAUUCAGAAAAACUUGAACACAAACCCAAGAUCGCUGCAUUUGACCUUGAUGGAACUCUAAUCACUACCAGGUCUGGCAAGGUCUUUCCUGUAAGCUCAGCUGAUUGGCGGAUACUGCUGUCAGAAACUGAGCCACGCCUGUGUAAUCUUGUAGAAGAAGGCUACAAGAUUGUUAUCAUUACUAAUCAAAGAGGUCUGGCUAAAAGCCAGAGCCAUGAAGCUGACUUCAAGAACAAGGUGGAGCAUAUCUUAAAGGCAUUGGCUGUACCAGCCCAAGUGUACGUGUCUGUUGGCCACGGCUUCUAUCGCAAACCAGCACCAGGGAUAUGGCAUCACCUGGAGUCUCAGGGAAAUGGAGGUAUCCCGGUUGAUUUGAAGGAGUCAUUUUAUGUUGGAGAUGCUGCUGGAAGACCGGCAAACUGGGAACCAAAACGCAAAAAAGAUUUUUCGUGUUCAGACAGACUGUUCGCCCUCAACAUCGGGAUUGCAUUCUACACUCCAGAAGAGUUUUUUCUGAAGCAACCUGUAGCUAAAUUUGAUCUCCCGCAAUUUGACCCUCGUGCAAUGCCAGGUCUUCCUCUUGCUGAAGUAAUAGCAUCCACAAAGCCAAGUGAAGACAAGCUCUUGAAUGGUGAUAAUCUUCCAGCGGAUCACACCGAGAUUGUGGUGCUUGUUGGGUAUCCUGCAUCUGGUAAGAGUCACUUUGCAAAGGAGUACCUUGUAUCAAAGCAGUACGCUCAUAUUAACCGUGAUAUGUUGAAGUCGGCCCAGAAGUGUGUUGAGGAAUGCGAGAAGGCACUAAGGCGGGGUCAGAGUGCUGUGAUAGACAAUACUAACCCAGAUCCUGAGAGUCGGAAAAGGUUUGUUGACAUAGCAAGGAAACAUGGCUGUGAGUGCAGGUGUUUUGUUAUGGAUUGCACCCUGGAAAGAGCAAAGCAUAAUAACCAGUUUCGUGAGAUAAAGCUGAAGGGACAACCCCAUGUUUCCGUCACAGACAUGGUGCUGUACAACCAUCGGUCCAAGUUUAAGGAGCCAAGCCUAUCUGAAGGAUUCUCAGCCAUCUUGAAAAUCAACUUUGUUCCCAAGUUCAGUACGCCUGAGGAUGAAAAGCUAUACAGAUGCUUUCUCAAAGACAAGUAGCAUCUUAGUGAAUAUACUAGGACUACCAUUACUUCUUUGAAUGUUGUUGAUCCAAAGUGACUUCUGGAUUGUUUAGUUUUGGGCUUGUAAUCAUAAAUUGUGGCCCUGUAGAUAUUAUACACCCACCAGAGUGACUCUAUUGUAUGAUCUUAUGCACAGAAUGAAAAUGAAUAUUUUUUUGCAAAGAAUACUGCUCAUGUUUUUCUUGUACCUCUAGAACACAUGCCUACUGUAUAGCCAACACUAAUAUGUGCAUACCUUACUGCUAUAUAAAAUGUAUUUGUUUUGACUGUUGUGCAAAUAUAGUGUAUGGUAUCAUAUGUGCUCAGAGACGUGGUAUUUCGCUGCAAUUCAUUUCUGAAUAAAACCUUCACUUCCCAAUUGGAG